AUGAGAUCGAUAGUAGAGUUUUUAGUAGCCAACAGGAGUCCUCUCCUCGUAAAUAUCUAUCCUUACUUCGCGUACAAUGACAACCGACAACAAAUACAAUUGGAUUAUGCGUUAUUUACGGCAAAUCGAGUUAUUGUAACGGACAGCGGUAACGGACUACGGUACUGGAACUUGUUUGAUGCUAUGACCGAUGCAGCAUAUGCGGCGAUCGAGAAGGUUGGUGGAUACAAUGUCGAUAUUGUCGUUGCCGAAAGUGGAUGGCCAUCUGGUCAAAAUGGAGAUAUUGCAACCAUUCCAAAUACUAGGACAUAUGUUAACAAUUUGAUUUCACACGUAUCGGGAACAUCUGGAACCCCCAAAAGGCCAGGGAGGAGCAUAGAGACUUAUAUUUUUGGCCUUUUUAACGAGAAUACGAAGGGUGGUCUCCCGACUGAGCGACAUUUUGGCCUGUACUACCCUGACAUGAGAGAAAUCUUCCCUGUCACUUUCCGUUAG